AAACAGAGGGUUACCACCUUAGAAAUCACAACCCAACCAAAAUAACGACCAAUAAUUCUCGUCAUCCAUAUAAUCCAUCGUGUGGCAAAUAUUCGAAAAAGGGAAGAAGAAUUACCGGAAAAAGGAUUCAUUAAUUGUGGCAAAGAGAGCACACAAAAUCCACACACCCGCUCAGAAACAGAGGCUCUACCCCGAAGCGGGUGGUUGUCCUGGUCUGCCAAUGUGGCAGCUAACCAAUCUUCAUCGUGUGGACGUUACCAAUCUCCCUUCCUCCCUAAGCCAAUCCUCAAAAUUACCCAAUUUCCUGAUCACUCGUACUCCCACUAUAUAGUUCCUCACUUCAUCCCCUCCUCAUCACUGGUUCCCCAGAGCUCUCAAUCUCCAACAAGUUCACUCACUCACUCCAAAUCAUGGCCGCAACCGCCAUCUCCACCGUCGGCGCCGUCAACCGGGCUCCGUUGGCUUUGAACGGGUCGGGUGCCGGGUCAUCGGUGCCGACCGCGGCUUUCUUCGGGUCGACCCUGAAGAAAUUGGGGGGAGGAGUAAGGUCGUUCCCCAAGUCCGGGUUCAAGGUGGUCGCGGCGGCUGUCCCUGAGGACGUGGACGAGGAGAAGCAGACGGAUAAGGACAGAUGGGGACACCUGGCGACGGACAUGUCCGACGACCAGCAGGACAUCACCAGGGGAAAAGGUAUGGUGGACAGUCUCUUCCAGGCUCCCCAGAUGGCCGGAACUCACUACGCCGUCAUGAGCUCCUACGACUACAUCAGCAAGGGACUCCGAACAUACGAUUUUGACAACACCAUGGGUGGUCUCUACAUUGCCCCUGCUUUCAUGGACAAGCUCGUCGUCCACAUCACCAAGAACUUCUUGAACCUCCCUAACAUUAAGGUUCCCCUGAUCUUGGGUGUGUGGGGAGGCAAAGGUCAAGGAAAAUCCUUCCAAGCUGAGCUCGUCUUCGCCAAGAUGGGAAUCAACCCAAUCAUGAUGAGCGCCGGAGAGUUGGAGAGCGGGAACGCCGGAGAGCCAGCGAAGCUGAUCAGGCAGAGGUACCGUGAGGCCGCCGACAUCAUCAAGAAGGGGAAAAUGUGCUGCCUCUUCAUCAACGAUCUCGACGCCGGUGCCGGCCGUAUGGGCGGGACCACCCAGUACACGGUCAACAACCAGAUGGUCAACGCCACCCUCAUGAACAUCGCCGACGCGCCCACCAACGUCCAGCUCCCCGGCAUGUACAACAAGGAGGAGAACGCCCGUGUCCCCAUCAUCGUCACCGGAAACGAUUUCUCCACCCUCUACGCGCCUCUCAUCCGUGACGGGCGUAUGGAGAAGUUCUACUGGGCCCCGACUAGAGAAGACCGAAUCGGAGUAUGUACCGGUAUCUUCAGGACCGACAAUGUCCCUAAGGACGACAUCGUCAAGCUCGUCGACGCCUUCCCCGGCCAAUCCAUCGAUUUCUUCGGGGCGCUGAGGGCCAGGGUGUACGACGACGAGGUGAGGAAGUGGAUCUCCGGAGUGGGAGUGGACACGAUCGGGAAGAAGCUGGUGAACUCCAAGGACCCGCCGCCGACGUUCGAGCAGCCGACGAUGACAUUGGAGACGCUGAUGGGGUACGGGAACAUGCUGGUGCAGGAGCAAGACAAUGUGAAGAGAGUGCAGUUGGCUGACCAGUACUUGAACGAGGCUGCUCUUGGCGAUGCCAACAAGGAUGCCAUGGAGAGCGGGACUUUCUACAGUUAGAUCCAAAAGCGGGUGACUUUGAUCCAAACUGCAAGGAGUGAUGAUGGAAGCUGUUGCCUUUAUCAGUUCUGAAUUUGUGAAAUUUUAAGGUCCUUUUUUCUGCUUCUUCUAGGAGGGGUUUGUUGGGCGGAUUUGCAGAGGAUCAAGGGCUGUAUGUUGCGUUAUAUCCCUUCUUAUUUACGGAUUGGUGUUUUUUUUUCUUCUUCUUUUUCUUCAUGUAUUCAAGAAAACAUAUAUUAAUGUUGUUAAUUAUGUUCUUCUCUUCGUCUUUAUGGAUUCUCUUUCGUUCUUUUUUGUACUUGUUGAUGUUUCGUUGAUCGGGAUCUAAAAUGAGUGUUGAUAACUAUACACUUCUUAA